GAAGUCAUUAAGAAGAAGUUGUAGAGGAGUCAUAUAUGGAUAUAGCUACGCUUACAGCGGACUGAUUAACCUUUAUGAUGUAACCAAAAGGAUACGUUCCCAUUUUACCUGUUUUGUUGGAAGAUGGCCACUGCAGUGGAGGACCCCCACCUGGGCUCAGGCCCUGAUGAAGACGACGCGUCUCCAUCAGGGAACGAGUCCGACUCAGACAGCAUCCUCUCCGAUGACUCCGUGCUUCCAGACUACACACUGCAGACGACAAACGGCGGUGCAGCGUCGACGCUGUAUCAAACUUGUGCCCGGAAUGAACCCGUCUCUCUGCAGAAAGUUCUGGAAAGAGGAGUCACAAAGGAGGAGGUGAUGGAGCUGGACAUCAAUGGCUGGAAUGGCUUGAUGGUGGCUUGCUGCAAAGGUUUCUUGGAGAUUGUAUACGGGCUUCACAACUGUCCCUUUAUCGACAUAAACCACCAGGAUAAAGAAGGCAACACCGCACUGAUGAUUGCAUCUCAAGCAGGUCAUAUCAGCACAGUCAUGUAUCUCCUAAACUACUAUCCUGGUAUAGACACUGAAGUAAAGGAUUGUCGAGGUUUUACAGCCCUCAUCAAAGCGGCCAUGACUGGCCGCAAUGACGUUGUGGCGACUCUUGUUAUGGCUGGGGCUGACAUACAUGCAGUCGACUCCACGAAAGGAAAAUGUGCUCGGGACUGGGCCCUCAAAACAGGUCGCUACGAGACUCUGCACCGUCUCCGCCGCCUUAACUUGCGCCCAAAAGCUGAGCAGUUCUGUGAGAGCUAUGUCCCUGAAUGGCCAGAGCUCCAGGAGAGAGUAGCCAAGGCCACAGCUCAGAAGACACCCACAGAAAAAAUCACCCAGCGGCUCAAAAACACCUUUGGAUUCAGACUUCCUCGGGACCCCCAGGACAAUGGGGUCUUGGACCACAUGGUGCGCAUCACCACCAGUGUCCACAGUCCUCUGAUUUCCACUGGAUGCCACCCACUCUGCCCUACGAGCCCUCCAGAGAUAGGGAAGAGGCGGCUGGCUGUUCCAGAGCUGGUGAAGAAACACUCACAUAAGGACCUAGAAGAAAGCUCAGUGUGCCACAGCAACGGCUCAGUGUCGCACAUCAUGCCCACAAUCCACUCCGCAGAGUCCAUUGCUACAACAUGCUGUGCCGACACUGAUCGACGAGGCAGCAUCCUCUCCUUAGCCUCCACCAAGGUUGCUGCGACAUUUAUUCCCCGCAGCAUGGCGAGACGGAACAGUGUGUUCCCCUCCGGCUGUAUCCCCAAGAUCGACAUCAGCAGGCCUUCAGAAGCAACGCCAAAGAAAGAAAAGAAGAAGAAGAAGGACAGGGGCUUCCUGGAACCACCAAAGUGGAAGUACAAGGAGAUAAGAGAGGAAAAAAAGAAGAAGGAGAAGAAGGAGGAGAAGGAGAAAGAGAAAAAGCAGAAAAAAAAGGAAAAAGAGAGCAAGAAGGCCAAACAAUAAGACUUUUAAAAAAGGGCUACUCAGCAGAGUGGAUUGUCCCUUUCAGAACGAUAUGUUUUAUAAAAACAUGUUCAAAUCAGGGCUUGAAAUGUUCAAACCAAAUAUUUUGGAAAUAUUCAGCAAAUAUUGAACCUAUAACCUAAAUGGAAUAACAGAGGACUUAAAUUGAGAACUGCAAAGACUUUUUGGGAGAACUUUGAAGCUUGUGAUGUCUGAAAGUUGAGACAAAUAUUGCAAAUAUUUUAAGCUAGAAUACAAAAUGUAAGAGUAAUUUUCCAUUUAUAUAUUCGACAUUCAUAGAAUUAAAAAAAUCAAAACAUAAUGGAGCUUUUUCAUGGUUAUGAUACAAUGCAUACGACCCAAGUUUACUAAUUCAGACUCACAGGUGCUUAACACUUUAUGGUGUCUACCUCAUUCUUCACAUAAAACACAACCAGCCACAAACUAAUGUAUGUGUAGACCUGCAUAUCCAUUUAUAAUGCAAGAUGUAUAUAGAUACACAUAUCAUGUCAUAGCCAAUUUGUAUUAAUAUGUAAUAUUGUUUUAUGUAUUCAAGUUAUUUUUGCAACGAGCUAGACAAAGUCACUGUACAGCCUAUGUAGAAAGUAAGUAUCAAACUGAGGAUCUGUGUAAUCCUCUAGUUUUAUUUCCAUUUUCUGACGUUGCCAAUGACAUAUUCAUAUAUUAUAUCCUGUUUUUAUUUACUCUAUGAGUGCAUGGGUUUUAUUUGCUUUUAUUGACAAAUAAAUAUAGGACAGUGAAA